UAUUUAAUUAGGGACCCUUCGGCCAGGUUAAUAAAAGUAUAAAUAAUAAAGUUUUGAAAUUUUCUCUACGGCUUUAACGCCUCGAAGGGUGCUAUUCCACAUUCCACUGGGGUGUCGACCGAACACCUUUGCAGAUCUUUUGCCGAGCCGUAGAGAAGGCCCAGGGAGCCCCUUUUGGUGACUUUACUGGUUCUCCUGUUGUUUAAUAACAGUGCAUCUGGCCGAGUUGAGACAGUUACUCGCGGUCUUGGGGUCCAUUUUGAUGAUAAACGCAAAUAAAUCAUUUUUUCGAGGUUUCAAGGUAAAAAAUAAUUUUUUUCAACUGGCGUAUGAGGCAGUGAGGAAGAUGCUGCUGACAACGAGUGAUGGUCAAGCAAUAAAAGAAGUGACGCUUUUCUACAGUGUGUUUUCAUGUAUUUUGCUACCGAUAUUCUGUGCUAUAUUAUACUUUUCCGAAUUGUAUAUGAAUUUUGGAAAAAGGACAUUUUUGCCAGUCAUGAUGAUAAUCGUCGUCAUCGAAGUCCUCAAGAGGUGGUUCCACCAUUUUGUGUACGAGAAGGAUUUCACUGUUGUCAACAGAAGAAACACGUCCAAAGAUGGCUUCCUGAAACGAUUCGACGUGCCGGAGUACACAAAAAUUGCGCUCAACGUAUUCGUCGGUACUGUCGUCUUUUUUGUAAUUGCCAUCCUGUACGGAGCUAGUCUUGUCCAGUACCAUGAGCAGACAUUGAUGUUCGCCGCUCUUAUGAGCAUACUUACGUUUUUCCCGAUAUGCCUACACAUCGGAAGGCCGUUUGUGAAAGCCUUCCUCCUACGUAAUCCACCGCAGAAUAUGUUUCAAACGAUGCUUUAUCAAAACGUGGUUUUUACGCUUACUGGUGCUUGGUUAGGUGCGUUUUUAAUACCACUGGACUGGGACCGACCAUGGCAAGUAUGGCCUGUGCCUUGUUCAUUUGGUGCUUUAUUAGGUUACACGUGUUCUCAUUAUUUAACACUAGUUAAAUAUUUUGUAUUUGGUUCAUAUAGUGUCUUUUUCAAAAAGAAAAAGUAAAUUAAAUUUUGAACAACCUAGUCUUAAAUGUUUUACAUUGUAAAUUUUGUACAUUGACUAAUUU